GAUCUAGAAUGACUUCGGUUGAAAUCAAUUCACCUUCAUAUAAAUUAAAAUGGGAAGAAAUGAAUUCAAUGGAAAAUUCUUAUUCUAAAGAAAAACCACAUUAUCCUACUAGUUCAUUAUCACCGAAUUUACGACAAACUCAAUUGAAUUUCUCACCAAAUUAUCAAUUCAUAAAACUAACGGAGAAACAAUGUCAUCAUCAUAAUGAUGAUUUUACUAGUAAGACGACUGUCAAUCAAUCGGCUCAACAUCAUUCGUAUACUCAAACCUCGAUUACUUCACAUGAACCAUUGUCAUUGUCAACUAGCGAGUGUUCAACUGUAUUAUCUUCAAUGAUUAUUACUAGUCCUAAUCGAAUUAUGAAACAAACUAUUUUGACGGAAACUGGAAUUUCACCAGUAGGUAAUGUAUUUAAGAAACCAAUUAGAAAGAAAAAAGCUGGUACUAAUAAAAAAUCUCAAGUGAAGCGUUCUCGUAGUGUAGAUUCACCUCAAAUCAAUACCAAUAAUCAUGAUAAUGAUGGCUUAAAUAAAAAUGCUUCUGUCAAAUUAUCUUGUCAAACAACAACAACAACUACUACUACACGCCUUUGUAAAUCUGCAUCAGUUACUCCAAAGAAGAAUAUACGCGUAGCAAGUGAUUCAUGUGUCUCUAUACAACAAAAUAAACAAAUGAACAAUCAUAAUAAAACACCAUUACAAACACAACUUACAUCCUAUGGGAUACGGAAAACUGCUCGACAAUAUGCUAAAGAAAUUCAGCGUGAACGUGAAAACAACUUUUUAACUGCUUUAAAAAAUAACAUUGAAACUGGAAUGAGAAUUAUACAAACUGAAGAUAAAGGUCGUGGCAUAAUCGCUACACGAACAUUUAAUGAAGGUGAAUUUGUUGUGGAAUAUGCUGGAGAUUUAAUCACAGAGAAAUUAGCAAAACAACGUGAAGCUGUAUAUAAACAAAAUCCAGCAAUCGGUUCGUAUAUGUUCUUUUUUGCACAUGCGGGUCAACGUUUUUGUGUCGAUGCAACUGAAGAAACACCAAGACUUGGUCGAUUGAUUAAUCAUAGUAGAUUAAAACCAAAUUGUAUUGUUAAAGUCAUUCCAAUUGAUGGUAUUCCUCGACUUGCAUUAUUUGCACGUAAAUCUAUUUCUCCUGGUGAAGAAUUACUCUAUGAUUAUGGUGAUCGUGAUAAAGAAAGUUUACAAAUUCAUCCAUGGUUAAAAACAUGA